CCCAGGCCUCUCCUGACAGGCAGUAAGAGCGGAUUGCCGAGCAGUUAAGGAAGUGUACCGGGGCGGUGUAGCGGUGCCGGGCUCUGGUGUCUGCGGGAUCAUGGCGGAGGACCGGGAAGUGUUCUUGAGGGCCCGGGGCCGGACUUUCACGUCAUUCCGAGAAGAUGAUGAGAGAGAGUGGAAAGGUCCGUUCUAUUUUAUACAAGGAGCAGACCCGCAGUUUGGCCUCAUGAAAUCUUGGGCAAUUGGAGAAAGUGACUUUGGAGGCGAUGAAUGGGAUGAGGAGAUCAAGUUAACGGAAGAGGCAGUGGAAGCCAUCAAUAAGUUGUGCCCCAAGCCAAAGUUCUUUGUGCUGUGUGGAGACCUUAUCCAUUCCAUGCCGGGAAUUGAAUGGAAAGAAGCUCAAGAAUGUGAUCUGAAAACUGUUCUUCUGAAGACCAACCCUGACAUCCCAAUGGUAUUUGUCAGUGGUAACCAUGACAUAGGCAACACUCCAACCCGUGAGACUAUACAGACCUUCUGCAACAACUGGGGUGAUGACUACUUCUCCUUCUGGGUCGGAGGGGUAUUUUUCCUUGUCUUAAAUACACAAUUGUUUUUUGAUGCAUCAAAAUGCCCAAAACAGAAGGAAAACCAAGACAGGUGGCUUGCGGAACAACUGGCCAUUGCCAAACAGCGAGAGUGCCAGCGAGUCAUCAUUUUUCAGCACAUCCCUCUAUUCCUUCAGAAUCCUGACGAAGAUAAUAACUAUUUCAACCUGGAAAAAUCACUUCGACAAGAGCUAUUAGAGAUGUUUCAUAAAGCAGGAGUUAAAGCCAUAUUCUCAGGACACUACCAUAGGAAUGCUGGAGGAACAUACAAAGAUCUAGACAUGGUAGUCACCUCUGCCAUCGGGUGCCAGCUUGGGGAAGACCAACAUGGCCUUCGUGUGGUGGUGGUCACUGAAGAUAAGAUUGUGCAUAGAUAUUAUAGCCUGGACAAACUCAAAAUCCAAGGCAUCGAUAAGGACCUCAUGGACUUAAUAAGAAAGGAAUAGAGUCUAUCUAGAACUCAGCAAUUCUUAAACAUUUAAUGGGUACCUAUGUUUUCCUUAGACAAUUUAGUGAUUUAAUUAUAACUAGAAUAAUUGUAUAGAAAAUGAUUUUGAAACUUAUUCAACAAUUAUUCCUAAAAUCAAAAGUCAGUCCUAGAGAAUUCAUUUUCUUCAAAGUUCUUAAAAGUUUACCCUAGACAUCCACCAACUCUGCCUACAUUGAAUUUUCCUAAAUGUAGAAUAGUCCUCUUUACCCAUAGUGCCAGGCAAUGAGGUUGAUUCCUGUCAAUCUGGAAUACCAUACACAAAGGUUAUUAUCCAUCCUCUUAACAUCUAGUUAUUUAUUUCAGUAACAUUUGAAACAUAAUUAUCUUUUUCAAUCCUGGUUGUCACUGAACUUUCCUAUACUUCUAAAAUACAAUUGUUUCCAGUUUCUCUGACAACUGAAGUGUAGCAGAUUCCUCUAACUUAUGCAUUAGGUUUAUUGUGCAUUAUACUCUCAGGUCAAGGUUUCUGUUCCCUAAUGCAAUAGAUUACCAAUAAUAAUUAGGUUUAAAAAUGCUAAUUGUGAUUUCCUAUUUUGGUGAACUCUAAAAUUAUAGAUUUCAGUUUUUCUGGAUAUAAUUUACUUCAGAGACUCAUUAAACAGUGAUGUGUCUGUUCACCCUGUAUG